UUCAGAGGGCAAGAAAACGCAUUCAGAGACACUCAGAGAUGGCCGGGGGACUAAUUCUGACAGGACUGCUGCUCCUGGUUUGGCAGCAGACGGAUGUACAAGCGCACACGUUGAGCAGACACAGCUCUGACAGCAACAUGGCCAAGCUCAAGAGCUUGCUGCAGCAGUUUGAGGAGGCCCUGGCAACAGAAGAGGCAUCAGAGAGAGCCGUAGAUUAUGAAGACAGCAACACCGUGCUGGAGCAGAGCCCCCCUUCCACAUCCUGGGACAGAGACCGAGAGGAAGCAGCAGCUCCGGGGGAGGACUCCAACCCCUCGGAUGGAUUUGACACACAGAGAAAUCGCCUGCUAGAUCUCCUAUUGUCGACCCGAAGCAAAAGCUUGUCUGGCUGUUUUGGGGGAAGGCUGGAUCGCAUAGGGUCUUCCAGCACCCUCGGUUGCAACUCUAAAAAAGGUUAGCUGCAAUACGCGGAUACAGUGAUUUUAAAAUGACGGUAACACUUUACAAUACGGCUUAAUUUGUUAACAUUAAUAAACAUGAACUAACACUUUAAUACAUUAGUAAAUAAUUAUUGAUAAUUACUAGCAUAGCGGCAAAAUGAAAAGUAUUUUAAUGUAAAUUAAUACAUCAUGAAAUAAAAUAAACUAAUGUCAUUAAUAAUGUAAUUUAAUAACCAAUGUUAACGAAUAAGACUCUAUUGAGUGUUGCUGAAAUUACAAUAUAUUUAUGAUUGAUGAACAAACUUAGUGUUUGGAUUAAUUUAUGAGUAUUUAAAUGAGGAAAAGUAGAUCCACGUUUUUGUUUUUUAAAUGACCUUUGCCUUCAGUAAGUAACAUUAAAUGGAUUUGCAAUGUUACAAACCAACUUUUAAAAGAACAGUGUUUGACGGAAUAAUACCUACUAUUAAAAAUAGGAAUAAAACAUUAAACAAUCCAGCCUGAUCUCACGAGAAAAUGUAUUUUACGUUCGGCCAAUUUAGUGGCUAAUUCGUAUGAAUUCGUACGAGUACAGUCGUUUGAAAUUGUACAAUUUUUAAAAGGAGGCGUGGCACCUAACCCCACCCCUAAACCCAACUGUCAUUUGGGGAUGAGCAAAUCAUACUAAGUUGUACGAAUUAGAUCGUACGAAUUCAUACGAAUUAGCCACUAUAUUAAAAAGUUACGAAUUGCCAUGAGAUUGUGUUGAACAGUAUGUUCUUUAGACUGCAUAUAAACCAUAUAAAUACGAGUUCAUAAACCUGCAUUUGUAAUAAAUGGCUAGAAAUUAAAAACUAAAAUCGAAUGUAUAUUGACACUGCGUAGAUUUGUUUAACCAUAAUGACUUUGUUGCUGAAUUCUUACAUAUCUUGUAAUCACUGUUGUGACAUUUAUAUUUGUUUUAUUUAUUAUGUACAAGUAGUUGAGUGUUGAUAUAAAUGUUGAAAUACAUACAGCAUAUCCUGCAAUGGCAUGAAUUUCUUAAUAUUUGACUGUGUUUUGCAUUCAUGUAUGAGGUUUCUGUGCGGUAUAUGAAUUGGUUUGUGUUUCUGGUUUUGCAUAUCACAGAUUUUUACAGAUGAUACUGCACUUAUGUAAAAAUAUGUUCAAGAACUGUUUUGAUGUCAAUGAAAAUAAAAGCUGAUGUUUUAACACA